AUGUUAAAAAAAAACAUAAGAGAAAAAGGAAUAGAGUUUGCUUAUGCACUUGAUAUUAAGAAAGAGGAUUUAUUAUUUUCAUCUGAUUGGAUCACUAAAUUUAAAAAAAAGAAUCAACUUCAUUAUAUUACAACUCAUAGUGAAUCUGAAAGUGCACUACUUGAAUCUUUGCCAGAAUUUUGA